AUGAGUAAAGGUGUUGAUAUGGUCUCAAACAGUGUGGUAGAAGUAAUCGAAAGUGAAAUAUGUGAUGAACCCGUAUUCGAUUCUCAAUAUGACGACGAUUUAUAUAAUAUCUGUGAGUCUUUUGAAAGUAAGACGGAAAUUGGGCCAGUUCCUGAAAACCUAGUCAAAAGAGCUGCUGAAGACGAACCCAGUAAUAAUUCAAAAAGACAAAAAUGUGACAACGGAGAUGUAACAGAUGCAACUGCGGGCGACGAGAAAGUAAAAUGUCCAUCAUGUCAAAUUCUGGUUCGAAAGAAGUACUUCGCGACGCACUCAAGAAGCAAACUGCACAAAAGUAAUGUUUCAAAAUUGCAUAACACGAUCAAAGUGUGCGUCGAGUCAGCUUGCGGUAAGCGAGUUAUUUCAUACAAAAUGAACGAAAAAAGCUUCGACCACUUUGACGCGCCGGAAGUAUUUUUGAACUCGGUUAAAAACGAAAUCAUGGUUCUUAUACAGAAGUCUAUAGAAAAAUAUACAGUAUUGAAGUAA